CCCAUUUCAUCGAAAGUGCCCAAUUCUUCGUGGGCUUACUUCGGGGAAUUCCUGAUUGUAUUUGAGAUCUGUGCUAUCAUGGCUGCCGCCACUACGACAAAGGCGAAGCGAUGGUUUCCGUUGGAAUCGAACCCACAAGUCAUGAACGAGUACAUUCGGCGUAUGGGUAUUGCUGAAGACGCAGAGUUUGCGUUCUGUGAUGUGUACAGCACAGACGACUGGGCGUUGGAGAUGGUGUUGCGUCCCGUGUUGGGUGUCGUCAUGCUCUUUCCCAUCAAACCAGCGACUGAGGAUCAUGCCAAGCAGGAGCGGGAGCGUAUCGAAAAAGACGGGCAGAUCGUGUCAAAGAACGUGUAUUACAUGAAGCAAACUGUUGGCAACGCUUGCGGUACUGUUGGUAUACUGCAUGCGCUGGGCAAUGCCAGGGACUACUUGCCUCCUCGCCACGGCAGCUUCCUCAGCUCGUUUUUCUCGAAAACUGACGGCAAAACACCAGACGAGAUUGCGGCGAUUUUACAAGCCGACGACGAGAUUGAAGAAACCCAUGCCAGUGCAGCCCAAGACGGCCAGUCCGAGGUAGGGGGACCUUUGACAAUAAAGUAUGCUAGCUAGCUACACUUGACCAUCAAAUCGUAGCAACUCGAGCACGUGGACGACCCGAUCAACACGCAUUUCGUGUGCUUCAGUGUCGUGGACGGUCACCUGUACGAGUUGGACGGCCGCAAGGAGUUCCCGAUCAACCAUGGCCCUUCAUCCCCCGAAACUUUGCUUGGGGACGCGUGUGCCGUGAUUCGGCAAUUCAUGGCUCGGGACGAAGGCGAAGUCCGGUUCACGAUCGUCGCAUUGGCCAAAGCCCUGACCGAUUAAGAAGGGCAAGUGCUGCUACUACAACUACUUCUUUAACAUAGUAAUAGUACUGUACAGUAGUACAACGACCACGACACAUACUAAGUCGUUCAGUAGCAGGACUUGUGUGGUUAAAUAAUAUUGUGCGGUGUGGGGUUGGUUUGGUUCAUGGCUGGAUCUUUCGUAUCAGUCGAUUGCCGGCAUCGCCGACGUAAAUCGUGCCGUUCGCAUCCACCGCCACCGUCGCGGGGUUGCCAAACGUAGCCGACAG